GCCUACAAAAACUCCAUGGCUAAGAAGAGAAAAGCUGAAGAACAGAUUUUGGAAGUUCCAAUCAACAAAAGGAAAUCUCUGUUAAUGAAGCCUCGCCACUACAAUCCCAUCUUGGAAGGCAAAGGAGAGAAUGAAGGCAGGACACACUUUCAGGACAAUAAUAAUGUUCUCCAAACAGAAAACACCACUUUAAUGUCAGCAAAAAGUAUCUCAUAUUUCAACAUGCAAGAAAAUGAUCUUCAAAAGGACAAUUUCACAAACUGCCAGGACACAAUGACCAAUACAUUAAUUAAUUUUGAAAAAAUAGCAAAAGAUGCACCAAAUUCCCUAGAGAAUGAUAAACUAAGUGAUAGUGACAACCAUCCCUUAAAAACAGAGAAUAAGAACAUUGCUGCAUGUUAUGGAAUUAAUUCUUCUGUAAGAAGGGACAGAAUUACUGUUCCACAUCCACAAUACUGUUCUUCAGAAGAUAAUGAAAGUAGCUCUGAAAUUCUGGACAAUGAAUGGGAUAGUUCCUCAAAUUUUUCUGAAGAGAUAAGUAUAAAACUGCCUUUAAAUAAAACAUAUCUUGUAGGGUGUAAUCAGGAAGAGGUUCUAAAAACACCUGGUGUCAAAGCUGAAGAAAAAGAUGUUAACAAUUCUGAAACUUUUGGUAGUUUGAGAUCUGAGCUGCAAGAAUCACAGGACUCACAUGUUGACACUUUCAGCAGUAGAAUGCAGAAUCCAUUUCCAGAUUGUGAAGAAGAUGAUUAUCUAUCAGAAAAUACAGAACAGUCAUUUGACUUGGAUAAAACAAAACAGAACUUAAAUUUGUUGGAACAAGCGAUAGCUCUUCAGGCAGAGCAGGGUAACGUCUUUAAUAGCACUUACAAAGAACUGGACAGGUUCCUACUGGAGCAUCUUGCAAGUGAAAGAAGACAAGCCAAAAUAGUUGACCUUGGUGGUAGAGCAGUCUUUAACCACAAGCAUGUACCCAGGCCUGAAAAAAGAGAGACCAAAUGUCCCAUUCCAGGGUGUGAUGGAACAGGUCAUGUGACUGGAUUGUAUCCUCACCAUCGCAGUCUUUCGGGCUGUCCUCAUAAAGUCAGAGUGCCACUUGAAAUCCUUGCCAUGCAUGAAAAUGUUUUAAAGUGCCCCACUCCUGGAUGUACAGGAAGAGGACAUGUCAAUAGCAACCGCAACACUCACAGAAGUCUUUCUGGAUGUCCAAUUGCUGCAGCUGAGAAAAUGGCAAUGUCUCAGGAAAAAGGUCAACAUGAAUCACUCAAAACAGGGCAGUGCCACGAUCAGAUCUACAGGACAAACUUGGUGAAACAUUUUGAGUUAUCUCAGUACAGCUGCCGAUCUGCCCAAGCACUCCCUUCCUCCAGAAUCACUUUUACAAGAGAGCAAGAGAAAUAUGGGAAAGUACCCUUUGACUAUGCUAGCUUUGAUGCCCAAGUCUUUGGCAAAUGCACAAUGAUGCCAACUAUACAAGGACAAAAGCCCACACAAUCCUUUGAAUCAAAGCAUUUUUCAAAUCCAGGGAAAUUUACUAAUCGGCAGCCUACUGCUAGCGCCCACACACAGAGUCCUUGCCAUGCCAGCUCUUAUCGCUACAGUCAAUGUAGUGAAGACACCCACAUAGCAGCAGCUGCUGCAAUUCUGAACCUUUCCACCCACUGUAGGGAAGCUACAGAGAUCCUCUCCAGCAAACCACGGAGUCUGUCUGCCAAGGGAACUGAAAUAGAAGUAGAUGAAAAUGGCACUUUGGAUUUGAGCAUGAAAAAGAACCGAAGUCAAGAAAAUAUUACUUCUCCAAGUUCUUUCAGUGCCAAUGUCCCCACUCCUUCCUCCUCUCCUUUCAAAACAGGCAGCAUUCUGGUCAAUGCCACUUUCUACCAAGCUUUGAAUGAAAAAGAAGGUUGGGAUACACCAAUCAAUUAUAGCAAGAGCCAGGGCAAAAAGGAGGAAGAGAAAGAGAAAGAUCUUGCAAUUUGUCCUGAAAGCCUGGAGGAAAAAAAAUCCUCAGAUGUUUCGGAACCCAGUCCAAAACCCAAGGUCCAUUCAAGAGAUCUCAAAAAGGAACUGAUCACAUGUCCAACUCCAGGAUGCGAUGGCAGUGGUCAUGUGACAGGAAAUUAUGCAUCUCACCGCAGUGUUUCUGGAUGUCCUUUGGCUGACAAGACGUUAAAAUCCUUAAUGGCGGCCAAUUCUCAAGAGCUUAAGUGCCCCACCCCUGGAUGUGAUGGCUCUGGUCACGUGACGGGAAAUUAUGCCUCUCACAGAAGUUUGUCUGGCUGUCCUCGGGCCAGGAAAAGUGGUUUGAAAGUGACUCCUACAAAGGAAGAGAAAGAAGAUCCCGAACUUAAAUGCCCAGUGCUAGGUUGUGAUGGCCAAGGUCAUGUAUCAGGUAAAUACACUUCCCAUCGCACAGCUUCAGGUUGUCCCAUGGCUGCCAAGAGACAGAAGGAAAGUCCUCUCAAUGGAUCUUCACUACCCUGGAAGUUGAACAAGCAAGAGCUGCCACACUGCCCUUUGCCAGGCUGCAAUGGGCUGGGUCACGUUAAUAAUGUUUUUGUCACCCACAGAAGUUUGUCUGGAUGUCCCCUGAAUGCACAAGCCUUAAAAAAAGGCAAAAUAUCUGAAGAACUAAUGGCUGUUAAAUUGAAAGCAAACGGAGGUUUAGAAAAUGAAGAGGAAAUCAGACACUUGGAUGAAGAAAUUAAAGAACUAAAUGAAUCCAACCUUAAAAUUGAAGCUGACAUGAUGAAGCUCCAGACACAGAUCACAUCAAUGGAAAGCAAUCUGAAAACCAUAGAAGAAGAAAAUAAACUGAUAGAGCAGAAUAAUGAGAGCCUAUUGAAGGAACUAGCUGGCUUAAGCCAAGCUCUCAUCUCCAGUCUUGCCGACAUUCAACUUCCACAAAUGGGCCCGAUCAGCGAGCAGAAUUUUGAAGCGUACGUGAAUACGCUUACAGAUAUGUACAACAAUCUGGAAAGGGACUAUUCCCCAGACUGCAAGGCUCUGCUGGAAAGUAUCAAGCAAGCAGUGAAGGGUAUUCAUGUGUAG